AUGUCUUCACAUGAUGGUAGUACUCCAGGUAGUGAUCCUUCAACGGCCCAAUCAUCUCAACCUUCAAUUUCCAUGUCAAGUGGUAGUAGAGGAAGAAUGGAUUUGGCAUGGGGUCAUUGUAGAGAAGCUCUUGAACUUAGUGUUGGGUGUAAAAAAACAAAAUUAGUUUGUUUAUAUUGUGCUAAAGUAUUUGCGGGUGGUGGCAUUAAUCGAUUUAAGCAACAUUUAGCUAGAGCUAAAGGAGAAGUUGAACAAUGUCGUAAAUGUCCUCCUGAUGUUCGACAUCAAAUGCUUUUGAAUCUUAAAGGAAAUGCUGAAACAAAAAAAAGAGUUAGAGAAAUGCAAGCAGAAUUCAAUCCAUUUAAUGCACGACAAAGGAAGCAUGAAGAGAUGAUGAUUAGGCAAUUAGAAGAUGAUGAUGGUGAUGAUGAGGAUGAUGAGGAUGUCAGUACUAAAAAACAUAUGUUACCACUGAAGGUUGCAAAAAAGAAAAAGAUUCAAAGCACCAGCACUGUAAAACAAUCGACUACAAGUUGUGGAAAGCAGAAGAAAUCUGCAACAUUAGGGAUAUAUUUCAUGCCGAGAACAACUCCUGGUGCUCAAAAGUCUAUUCAGAAUUGUUGGCAAAGGAAGGAAGCAGUUGAACGGUGUGAUCUUGCUUUAGCGAAGUGGAUGAUUGAUGCAUGUGUGCCAUUUAAUGCUGUUAAUUCUGUGUAUUAUCAGCAUGCCAUAGAUGCGGUAACAGCCAUGGGUUCUGGUUAUAAAGGACCAAACUUGCAUGCUAUUCGUGGUUAUUACUUGGCAAAAGCGGUUGAUGAAGUCAAGAUUUAUGUUGAGACUUAUCGAGAGAUUUGGAAGAAGACUGAUGUAUCAGAUGUCUCAAAUACUGCUAGAUUGUUGUAUCAGUUGUUUAGAGAGGUUGUUUUGUAUGUUGGGGUAGAAAACAUUGUGUAUAUGGUGACUGAUAAUGCUGCAAAUUAUGUUGCUGCUGGCAAGUUAUUGAUGGAAGAAUUUCCUUCAAUAUUUUGGUCUCCUUGUGCUGCUUAUUGCAUUAACCUCAUACUCCAGGACAUUGGUAAAUUGCAGUCGGUUUGUUGUGUUGUUGAGCAUGCUUCUGGUAUCACAAACUACAUUUAUAAUCAUUGUUAUCCAUUGUAUUUGAUGAGGAAGUUCACUGGAGGAAAAGAAAUACUUCGUCCAGCUCCUACUCGUUUUGCUACCAAUUUUAUUGCAUUGCAAAGCAUUUUAGCUCAUGAAGAUGAGUUGAGAGCUAUGGUGACAUCUAGGGAAUGGGUCUCAUCUGCUUAUGCUAAAGAUAGCAAAGGAAAAAAGUUUGUUGAGAGUGUGCUAGACUCUCUGUUUUGGGAAAAAUGUGCAAUAAUUGUGCGAAUGAGUGAGCCUUUAAUUCGAGUUCUACGAAUAGUUGAUGGUGAUGAUAGACCUUUGAUGAGAUAUUUGUAUGAUGUUAUUCAUCAUGCAAAAGAAGAAAUGAUGAGGAGAUUUCAAAAGAGAAAGGCUAGAGUGAAACCUUUCAUAAACAUUAUCAGUAAUCGGUGGGAUGAACAAUUUUAUAGACAUCUUUAUGUAGCGGCAUUUUGGUUGAAUCCUCGAUUUCAAUAUGAUGCAAAUAUAAUGGAUAAACAUAUGAGCACCAUUUCUGGACUUCUAGAUGUUCUUGAGAAGUAUGCACAUGGAAAUCUACCAUUGCAAAGUAAGAUUACAGGUGAGAUGAAGUUGUUUAGGAAUGUUGAUCAUGACUUUGGUCGAGUGUCCGCAAUAAAUAAUCGCACCCUUAUGCCUCCAGUUUCAAAGGAGCAUGCUGAUGAUUUAUUAGGUGUUGACGAGAUUGGCUCAAUUCCAUCGACAUUUGAUCCAAAUUUUGCUUCUAUGGACACAGAAGAACUUAAUGUGUUCAUUCAACAAAAGUGA